GAGCGCGGAGACGUCGCCCCGGCGCGCGCCCGCCAGACAGACCCGUCAACAUGUGAGAGCCUCGGCGGGUGUCCCACCCCCCACCUCACGCCCGGUGUCUCUGCGUGUGCAGUGAGUGAGUGUGCGUGCGCGCUCUCGAACUCGAUACUUGGACGCUAGAAGAGGAGACAGGUCGCCCCGGCGGAGGACGUAUCUACGUGUCUGUCGCGACUUUUUGAGACCGGCGAGAAGAUCCCGCGUUGUCACUGUGCCCGCGCAUUCUCUGUACUUUUCCUGCUUCUUUCGCGUAGCUCUCCCGUGGACAAGCGCUGCUACGGUAUCGACUUCUCCCGUCUUCUGUGUCUGCUUAGUUUUCAUCCGUUUCCUGCCAGCUCAAUCGAGCCGUUGCGAUACUGUGCCAAGGGUGAAGAGAAGAAAAUCGGCUGCGAGGCUCCUUUCCUCUUCUCCCGGUCUAGUUGGACCGCUUUGGUGACGGACGCUGUCUCUUUGAAGCCAGCGUGAGACUUCGAGGGUGAUUGUGCACUCUUUACUGACGCCUGGACGGUCGGGCGAAGGUGUCGUGUUGAAAGACGAGAGAGAAGGAAGGACUUGGUCCAACAUGACAGGGAUGAGACUUCAAGCGACGCUCACGGUCUUGCUUGUGCUGCUGGUCCCUUCCGGGAUCCGUGGCAACAAGGCCGCCGGCACAUCGCAGACCGAGCCAGAGUUUGCCGAGCCGAUCCAGAACAUCACCGUCCCGGCAGGACGAAAGGUCACCCUCGCCUGCGUUGUAGACAACCUCAACAACUACAGGGUGGCCUGGAUGUUCGUGGAGAAGUUCACGCUGCUGACACUUGCCAAGAGUGUGAUCACGCACAACUCCCGCUUCAAGGUGACGCACAACGGCCACCGCACCUGGCACCUGCACAUCCACGACGUGCAAGAGCGUGACCGGGGCGCCUACAUGUGCCAGAUAAACACGUCGCCCAUGAAGUCCCAGAUCGGAUACCUCAACGUGGUCGUGCCACCCAAGAUCGACGAGGAGAACACUAGCUCCGACACCGAAGUACGAGAGGGUGGCGAAGCGGCGCUCAAGUGCGUUGCCAAGGGAACGCCGGAACCGGAAAUCACGUGGAGAAGAGAAGACGACCAGGAAAUCGCGUUCGGUCGCGAGAAAGUUCCAUCUGUGAAAGGCACUUGGCUGAACAUCACGAAGGUUUCCCGCCUGCACAUGAGCGCCUACCUGUGCAUCGCCUCCAACGGUGUGCUGCCCUCGGUCAGCAAGCGGAUCAUCCUCGAAGUCAGCUUCGCGCCCAUGAUAUGGAUCCCGAACCAGCUGGUCGGCGCAAGCGUCGAUACCGACGUGACCCUGGACUGCAAUCUGGAGUCGCACCCCAAGUCGGUGACCUACUGGACUCGCAACACGGACACAAUCAUUCACCAGAACUCCAAAUACUCGGUGGUCACGGUGCAGCACGCCAUGUACAAGGUCCAGAUGCAGCUCAUGAUCCGCAGGCUCAAGCCCGAGGACUUUGGCGAGUACCACUGCGUCGCCAAGAACUCACUGGGCGAGACGGAGGGAACCAUCAAGCUCUACGAGAUUCCAGCCAGCUCGUCGUCCACGUCCCACUCGCCCGAGGCGUUUCGAGCGAAAUCGGAAAAAUUGCGCAACGGCCAAAUGCGAAACUCCCUGACAAGGCCCAGCGAUCGGGCCGUGGUCACAACCAAACCGCAAGAUCUCUCCGAGGCUUCCAGAGAUCAGCGGCCAUCUUACACACCGGCUGUUGUGAAAAUUGGAGAUUUGCAGCUGCACGGUAGCUCAACGCACCUGAAGAGCUCAGUUCUGUCCACGUCGCUGCUUCUCGUCAUCGGCUUCGUGUCGGCCCUGUCGUGACGUGUUGCGGCAUCCCCCUUGAACGUGCGUCGGAAACGCGACUCUUGCGGCGCGGGCUGCCAUCGUCACGCUCGCUGUGGGGGACUGAAACCGCGCCACUCCGGGUGACGGCCCCCGAUUGCGGCAACGACACAUGGGAAGCAGCACGGCGCGCCAACGGCUCAACUAAAAUCGAACGGGACAUCGCCACCAAUCUUUCGUGACGCGAGGCAAUUCCCCGAAGCAGCGAAACAGAGGACGGACAUUGCCAUACUGCUGUGCGAACUGGCCAUUUUUUUUUUCUUUUCUUCUCGGGCUUUUGUUUGCCCGCUUUCGCGCUGGCCCGCAUUCCGCGCGGGAACGACUGCAUCGGUGGGCGCGCCCAGCACACUCGGGCGGCAUACGCGAUUAUCUCGGUUCAGGCUCUACGACAUGUUUUUGACACGAGCUUGGGUGUUUGAAUUUACCCGUGGCGUCGUUUUUCUUUUCUCUCUUUACACAAAGGGCGAAGGUGAGGCGCAUUUGUCGUGGUUGUUACUAGUUAUGUUGGGCCCAAACUACCGCUUACGUACGUAGAGAUUCUGCAACUAGCCAAGAACACUGUAAGGAACACUUUUAGCUAGUUUUACGCAACAUAAGCAAUCAACUUUCAGUUGAGUGCACCAUAAAGCAACCUAGGACGGGAAAUAUGUUUCCCUAACAAGAUUUUUCCACAGCCGCCUUCCAUUGGAAGCUUUUAAAUUGGCACGGUAAUGAGGUCACCGGUAACAUUGCAAUGCUGGUUCAUUAAGAAGUUCAUCUUAUUCCAGAACUCUAAAAAAUGAACAAACGAUCGACUAUAGAAACGUAAUUCUGUGGCGAGGCUGUGGGUAAGCACGUGAAUGUCAUGUCCAUUUUCAGUGCUUUCAUUUUUUUCGGCGUAGUGUUCACAGUCACGUUCUAAGUGUUCCAGUUUCACAAAGAGUUCAAAUGAACUGGCGGGUUCAAAUCGCCAUUCUGUUUCUUAAACUCAUUUUUCUAGUUUCUAUCAAAUGCACAGUUAAUCAUUCAUAUCUGCCACAGUCAGUCGUGAGUGACAGAUACUCAUCAAUCACCUUUGCUGUUGUCAUCAACGACGGUAGAGGCACUUCGUAGCCUUCUGUCCGUAACGAUUUCAUUCUCUUUAUCAAGUUAUCGCUUUGCAAGUACGCAUUCUCGAAAUAUCGUAGACAAGUAGUAUAUCGAUCAAAACAAUGUUGUCAUUUCGCAGCGCACUUUAGCAGCUUUAGAACCACUGUCACGCAUGCAAAUUGAGCAUGUACAGCCUAUAACGAAUAACGCAACUCCGGCGGCAACUGCAGUUGAUAUCAGUAUUCUUGCACACUGAAGGGAAGAAGAACAAAAUUCAUUAGCAGAGUGGAGUUUGGCACUUAAGUGAACCCACGGGCGUAGUAUGUUCGUUUUUCCUAGAAAACGCUGAGUGCAAUGAUGUAAUUCUGUUGGAGUGGUGUUGACUCUCAAAUAUACAUUUCCAUGUCACUGAACUGAAACGUGCAGCUUUUUCGACCGGUCAAAUGCAGUAAUUUUAAACAAGUUGCUUGUCACUUUCUUGGUAUGUUGCACUCUAUCAUAUCUUCCUUUAAUUAUCACUUUAUUAAAACUGCGGUUGUUGGGUAAUUCAUAUUCACUUUCUUGCUGAAUAUAUAUUUCUCUGGCUGCUUUUACAGUAUAACAGAAAAUGCUUAAGAAUAGCUUAACAGCAAAUAUAAUAUCAGGAGUGGCUGAGUUCGCUAGAUAUAGGAGACAGUAUUCACUGACAGGCUCCUGCUGAAGCACGCAUCUAUAGGUAUAAUGUUAUUUAUGGUAAUGACACUGAGAGAAGUAAUGCGCAAGCGCAUAUGCGUUUCGCUGUAAGAUGCUUAUCUGGGCGCGACAUGUAAAAAUCAGAAGAGAACCCAAACCAAGAAAACGUUGUACAAUGUGAACAACUGAGAAUGCACUCGGCGUAUUAAGCAUGCCCGAAUCCAACAUAAAGAAAAUCACGAUGUUCCUAUAGGAUAGGAUAGACACGACAGCGCGCGUUUUAUGUUGACGGUAAAGCAAAAUGUGGACUAUAAUUAGCUUCUACGCCAUGGUCGUCGGAAUAAUGGUACACAGUUGGUAGCGUCUCUAUAGACUUACUAUUAAUGCCAGGAAAAAAAGUAGCACUCACUUACCAAACAAGAUAUUUAGAUUUUUUUCAUUUCUCUUACAUCGAAAAUGUGAGGGUACUCGGAAGCUAGUUAUGGUUUCCAGUAAGGGUAAUCAGGUUAAUAGCAAUCACAUUGUAGUUUUACAGGUUCAUCAUAACCCUAAGAAACAAUCAAGAUAGCAGGGUUCGCUAGUCACUUGGUCGUUGUAAUCGCAGUGCGCAUACUCGAUACAAUGUCGGUAUAGAAUAAAACGCAUACAUAAUUCACGUCUUAACGCUAUCGCUCGGCGAGGCUUAUAGACGUCACAACAUUAUUUCACAUGCUGCCGUCCCAACAGUCGGCUACCAGACCAGUACCCUUAAGAAUUCGCCGACAGUGUGAUUGCUCCUGUGACGUCUUGAUGCUUUCUUUUUCUAUUUUGAGCGCACGAAAAUUGCAGUCUAUCACGCGUUUUUGAAAUUGAGAAUGAUGUACGGUGUGUAAACGUUCCUGGCUUAGGAAAUCAGCUUAAAACAUGUUCAUCUUACGAAUGCAUGUAUGUCAACAUUCAGUUCAAGCUUAUUAUUUAUUUGGGGUAGGUGGAAGGGGUCGGAUGAGGGAGAUAAAAUUUUGAAUAAAGUUGCUUACCCUUGCCACAUAUACACAUACAUAGCAGUUGGCCAUUAGAUCGCUCCACACACACAGAACUGCUCGCAUGCUGCACGCAUACGUUUACCCAAAAUUACACUGCCGAAAGUUAGCCGUAAUAUAAGAUGAAGGCCGAAUUGAAAAAAAAGAACACUGAUAGGUGAUUGCAUUGACAUUUAUUAGAAAACCCACCACCUAAGUAAAUGCGAUGGUCAUAAAAUGUCGAUGACCGUUAAGGAAGAAACAUAAUAAUCAUAAUACCUGCGCCUAUUCAAUACAGAGCACCAAGAAAACUUAUUACUUCUUUGAUAUUAUUGACGGCAUAUCGUGCGCCUGACGGCCGUUGUAGUGAAUACGCUGCAGAUUAAAAAACAAGAAGAACAAUGUUCGCUGUUGUUUGCACCCAUUUCUCCUAGCUUACUGCAAUUUCAGCUUUGAAAUUUGAAAUAAGAUGUGGACCAUCAGGCUUACCGAAACAGUUCAUAAUUUUCCAAUCAGGAUUUGCGCAGCAUCGGUAAUUCCGCAUGUGUGGACGGUGUCAAGGUUUCUUGUAAAUAACAUACACUUGUGUACUCGCACAGAAGCUCAACAGUGAAUCGACGACGAUGAUGGCAGCAAGGAAACCAGCAGAAAUGUACGUGUGAUGAUGCUGGUGAUGGUGGUGAUGGCAGCAAGAACAUGUACAUAUUAUCAUGCGCCUAACCGCGUAAUUUCUGUUUCUGAAGUGCCAAACGUACGUCAAUGAGUACAAUAAAGGGAGUCCAUCUUUCUUUUUUAUGACAUCA